CUUUUUGGCUCCGCCCCCUUUGUUGAUAAAUUUCUAUUGCUCGCUCACUGGCGAUGGCUGAAGAGUAGGCUCCGAUCCGCAAUAUUUUUUCCUCUUCGAUGGCUCCGGUUUACUUUAAAAUCUUGAUACAAUGCCUGAGCAGCCCGCGUCUGUACCGAAUUCACUCCACGGCCGCCAGUCAGGGCUUUAAUUAUGAACCAAAGCUGCUUGAAAGAUGGGGCGACGUUGUGAUUAAGUCGUUUUGGGUUCUCUUGAACCUGAAGGUGAUCUCAAUACCAGUCAUUGGCUUUGCCCUUUAUCGUAAAUGUUAUGUGGCUCUCACUGGAAUUGGGCUGCUGCUUGCUGCCUCCUACGGCCUCAGGGCAGUUGGCCGUUCCACCAAUGAAGUCUACAUCUCCUUCCUGAGAACACUAAUAGAGGCUCAGAAAGAUAUGAAAACACACAAGAGAACGCUUCUAAAGUACGAUUUUGACUUCUCAUCAUGGCCCGUUGAGUUCAGAUGGAAUGAGACUGAAGGGGACGAGUCGAAGCAGAGAAUUUUCCUCAACACAACCAGUUCUCAAAACUCGAAUAGCUUGCUGGACAAUAUUCUGUCGCUACCAAUCAAGACAAUUGGUUACAUGGUGGCACACGGUGUGGGCUACAAGCUCAUGUUCCCAGGCAGUAUUCGUACUCUCCAAUUCUUUAUAGACAAUGCCAUUGUUCAGGGACGGACAAAGUUGAUAGAAGAAAACAGGGCUGACAGAUUUAAAAUGCUGACUCGGGACGGUAACGAGCUCGACUCAGUCUUUGUGGACCGGAGGAAAAGGCAUGACAACGGAGACAUCUUGGUUAUUUGCUGUGAAGGAAAUGCAGGCUUUUACGAAAUUGGCAUAAUGGCUACUCCUCUUGGCUGUGGAUAUUCGGUCUUAGGUUGGAACUACCCUGGAUUUGGCUGGAGUUCGGGCUCACCUUAUCCUGACCACGUAGCCAACGGGAUGGACACAGUCAUGCAAUUUGCCAUCAACAAACUCAACUUCCAGCCAGAGAACAUCAUUCUGUUUGCUUGGAGCAUUGGUGGUUACGCGCUCUCCUGGGCUUCAAUGAAUUACCCUGAAGUGAAAGGCGCUAUUGUGGACGCUUCUUUUGAUGACGUGGUUCCUCUCGCGCAAGCUCGUUUUCCUAGUAGCUGGGGACCUUUGGUGAAAAGAAUUGUACGUGAUUACAUGAAUCUCAACAAUGCUGCUCAGCUCUCACGGUACCCUGGGCCAACCCUAUUCUUUAGGCGUACUCAGGAUGAAAUCAUAGCGAUUGAUCCUGACAUCCUGGCAACAAAUCGAGGAAACAAUUUGGUCAUCAAGGUUUUGCAACAUCGUUACCCACGUCUAGUCGAAGACAAAGCAUUGGAUGUCUUGCAUGAUUGGCUGUCAACUGGGAACCCAGCUGAGCAAUUGUCACUUCUUCGGAAAUUCAAUGUUAACGAAGAUCUGUGUACGUCUAUUUUGGCAUCAUAUGUUUCCGAGUACUCUAGCAAGUACCCUAUGAUGAUUGGUGAGGAAGCUGAUUUCAAAGAGCUCACCAAAAUUCAGCUAACAUUAUUCUUGGCACGAAGAUAUUUGCAGGAUUAUAAUUCAACACACUGCACUCCUCUGCCAUCAAGAUUGUUUGUCUUGCCUUGGGAUAUUUCCCCAGAUGCUGACUUUGUCAAGUUGUAAAAGAAGCGCAAACGCGAGACAUCAAACUUUGACAACAAUCCUCUCUGGGAAGAAGUCCGUUUUGAGCUAGUUGCUUCUGUUAUUUAACUCCAAAUGAUUUUUAUUUGCCUGUUACAUUUUUCGGCUAUAUAAUAGCCCUUCAGCUCCAUAAAAAGUAUCAAUACCGUAUUGUCCGUAUUUAACUUCCAGCAUUCCGUUGAGAAUAGCAUAUGUGAAGCUUCUGAGAUAUGCACUCGGAUAAAUAAACGUUCUGCGCUCUGUCUGCUUGUUAAUCGCGCGUCUAAAUAUAAAUUGCUACCACCUGCUGUGUGAAUUGUAAGAUGCAUACAUAUUAAUGUGUUGGGCAUUUUGGAUAUGUAAAAAUCUAUGUUUUUAUUUUUAAUCUGCAAGUAAUUUUUAAAAUAAGGAAAAAUAUCCUGCCCAAUUAAAGCAAAGUGAAUUUUGUUUUGUUUUUAGUUGAGAAGAUAAUUAUUAUAAUAAAUAUUAAAUUGUUUUUGUUAAAAUAAAAAUCUGCUCCAGUUAAU